AUGUCAUUAGAUGGCAAGAUCCUUUCUUUCCUAAGAGCUCUUGUGUCUUCUCGUGAAAGAAAGGCUGCUACAACUGGCAUUAUAAUAGGCAUCCUUUACCUUUUGCAUUGAAGCCAACAAAGGACUUCAGCAAAAAUUUCUCUUCAGAGGAGUAGAAAAGCGAAUAAAGGCAGCGUUGACCUGGACUUUUUCAAGAGGACUGUGGAACUUCUGAAAAUUGUUGUCCCAAGCUGAAAAUCCUUAGAAAUGCUUAACCUUGUAUUGUUAAGCGGCUUGUUAGUUGCAAGAACGCUUCUCAGUAUUUCUAUUUCAAGUGUUAAUGGGAGAAUUGUUAAAUCAAUCGUUACAAGAGACUUGAAUUUGUUUAUGAAGAGGGUAUUUUUUAUUUAAAAUUAAUAACAUUGAAUAAUAAAAGUUUUUUUUUAAAAAAAAUAAAGCCAGCUUAUUAUGAUUCAGCAUAGAUCAUUCAAUUAGCUAUGUUCGCCAUCCCAGCCUCAAUGGUAAACAGUGGACUUGACUAUUUAAGUCAUAAGCUUGCAAUACAGUUUAGAGCAAGAAUGGCUUAUUAUUUCAACCAAAAAUAUUUGUCAGGGUUGAUUUAUUAUCAAAUGAGCAACCUAGAUAACAGAAUUGCAAACCCUGAUCAAAGAUUUACACAAGAUAUCGACAAAUGGGCAUCAUGCCUCAGCAAUCUUUAUUCGAAUAUUACUAAGCCAUGCUUAGAUAUAUUUUUAUUCAGCAGAAAGCUAUCUGAUCUUGUAGGCGCUCAAGGCCCUAUAAUAAUUAUAGGCUGGUAUUUCCUUUCAGGAAUUAUCAUAAAAUUCAUUACCCCUCCUUUCGGACUUCUAACAGCCCAAGAGCAGCAAAAUGAAGGCCUGUACAGAGCUUGCCAAAGUGAUAUCGUAAAUCAUGCUGAAGAAAUUGCAUUUUACCGUGGAAAUGACUGGGAAAAGCGAAGAAUUAAUGGGACUCUUGGCACCAUUGUAAAGCAUAUCAACAAUAUUUUGGCCAAAAGGUUCUUUAUGGGAACAUUCGACAGCAUGCUUGUGAAAUAUGGAGCGACUAUGACAGCUUAUGGAGUUCUCGGACUACCAGUUUUUGGGCCGAAUAAAGAAAAAUAUUUCGCAAGGAUAGGAAAUGAUCCGAGCUCUAUUACAAGAGAUUAUAUAAGAAAUUCAAGCUUACUCAUAAACUUGGCAAAAGCUAUAGGCAGACUUGUGGUUUCUUACAAAGACUUACAAGCAUUAGCUGGUUACACAACCCUUAUUCACGAAGCCAAAGUUGUCUUAGAAGACUUAUCAAGAGGAAAGUAUCAAAGGACUAUGAUAGAAGGAUCUUCAUAUGACCAAAAAUCACGAGGAAAUUUUAUAAUUGCCGAUUAUCCCUAUUUCUGCUAAAUAAACGAUUAAAGUUGUAUUAUUCAAAAUUUAUUAGAUAAAAGUAUAUAUAAAAUUCGAAAAUGUCCCGGUUGUUUCACCAAAUGGAGAUCUUCUGAUAGAUAAGCUUUCUUUUACGAUCAAACCUGGAAUGCAUACUUUUAUCCAAGGCCCAAAUGGCUGCGGAAAAUCUUCACUUUUUAGAAUCUUAGGUGAGCUAUGGCCACUUUUUGCUGGAACAGUGUAUAAGCCGCCUAUGGAACAGCUGUUUUAUAUUCCUCAGAGACCAUAUUUGCCUCAUGGCAGCUUAAGAGAGCAGAUAAUUUAUCCACAUUCUAACUCCUCCCUUUUAAAUUGGAUCAAAAUUUCUGUUCCAAUUUAAAGGGAGUUCAUUAUUUUUUUUAAAAAAAAAUCAUAUAUUUACAUUUUUCUAUUUUCAUCUUUUAAAAAAAUUCUUUAAAAUUAUAAAAUAAUAUAAAAUUAAUCACAAUACUUUGAAUUUUAAAUUAUUUUCUUAAGAAUUGAAUAAAAAAAUAACUAUUUAAUAGCAUUCUAUUUGCACUUUUUCUAUUAAAUUGGAUCAAAAAUAAUUUAUAAAAAAUUAUAAAUCUGAGUAAAUAGUUUUAUUUUUAAUUUUUUUUGUAUAAAAAUUAGAUAAAAAAAUUAAUUGGUCAGUUUGGAAACUGUGUAAAUAACAUUCUACUUGCAUUAUGUCUAUUAACUUAAGUUAAAAACAAUAUUAUAAAAUUUCUUUAAUUUUUUUUAAAAAAAAUAUGAAUUGAUUGCAAUACCUUAAAUUUUAAUUUAUUUUUAUGAAGAAACAAUUAAAAAACUUAAUCUAAAACUAUUAAAUAAUACUCUACUUGCAUUAUUUCUAUUAAAUUAUUUAAAAAGUUAUUUUAUAAAAAUUAGUAUUUUGAUCGUUAAAUUUUCCUAUUUAAUAAAAAAUUGUUCCCAAAAAAAUGUAAAUUAUGCCGAUGCUUGCUCCAAUUUAAAGGGGGGAUUAAGGAGCAAAUGGAAAAGUCAGGUAUUUCAGAUGCCCAUUUAGAAAAUUUGAUGAGAAUUGUAAGGCUUGAAGACAUCAUUGAAAAAAGAGGAGGAUUUGACCAAAUAGAAGACUGGAAUGAUACCUUAAGCGGAGGUCAAAAGCAAAAAAUCGCUAUGUGCAGACUGUUAUAUCAUAAGCCUAAAUUUGCGAUCCUUGAUGAAUGCACUAGUGCUGUCAGUAUAGAUGUAGAAGGAAGCAUUUACCAGCAUUAUAAAGAUAAUGGGAUUACUUUGAUUACUGUGUCACAUAGAGAAAGUUUAUUGAAGUACCAUAAUCACGUAUUGAAAUUCGAUGGAGAAGGUGGAUGGAAUUUCUAUACAAUUUUAGCUGAUUCUUACAUCUCCAUCUAUGCCAAUUAAGCAUAUCCUUUCUCUUAUCAAAAUAAAUUAUUUAUUAAAAUUCUUUUUCAGAAAAUAAGGCUAGAUAUACUGUUUUUAAUUAUAUUCCCUAUUAAAUUUGUUUUAUAUCUAAUAAUAUUUAAAAGAAAUAAAAUUUAGGCUGCUUCAUUUUAAAAUAGG